CAGCGCGCGCGACCAAUCAGCGCGUAGGUUUUGACUCGUUUCCGUGAAUGACAAUUGAGGAACUCCUGCUCACGCUCACACCGCAUGUAGCGCAAACGAGGAGGCGUAAACACACAGAGCUUUAGAGGUAGCGAGGUUAUGGAGAUGAGCUGCAGCAGCGAGUGCUUCGGAUGUGGCCGCUCAGGACACUGGAUCAAACAUUGCCCCAAUGUUUGUGGUGGCGGCUCACGAGGACGUGGCCGAGGCAGGGGACGAGGCAAGGUCAGAGAAGGUAACGUAACUCAGGGUGGCGCUCCCAAGUUGCAAUAUCUUAACUCUCGGUGUGUCAAUGCAGACAUGACCUGCUAUCGGUGUGGAGACCUAGGGCACUUGGCGAGGGACUGUGACCAAACUGAGGAUGCGUGCUACAACUGCCAUAGGACUGGCCACAUUUCUCGCGAAUGCAAGGAGCCCAAAAAGGAGAGGGAGCAACUCUGCUACACCUGUGGCAAGUCUGGUCACAUGGCCCGUGACUGCGACGCCAAUGAGCAGAAGUGUUACUCCUGCGGCGGCUUUGGCCACAUCCAGAAGCUUUGUGACAAGGUGAAAUGUUACAGGUGUGGAGAGAUUGGUCACGUCGCGGUGCACUGCACUAAAGCCAGCGAGACCAACUGCUACAAAUGUGGAAAGGCGGGCCACCUGGCAAAAGAGUGCACCUGCGAAGACACCGCAUAAUCGGUGCCCUCUGUUGCCCCUCCUUUUUUUCAGAUUGAUGGUUGGUUGUAUUAUUUUUCUCUGAAUCCUCUUCACUGGUCAAAGGUUGGCCAAUAGAGGCUAGUCCCAGGCCAGUGAGCCUCUCGACAUGUAAUGAAAGGGGUGAAAAAAAUCUUUCUGCAUUCAACACAAAAAUGUUUUAGUUUGGUAGCGGUGUUAUGUAUAAUGCUUUGUUAAAGGACCCCCCUUUCCAAGCCACUGGUGAUCAGAGAUGAAUCAAUGGGACUAAACAUGGGAAUCUGUUGGACCUCUGAACUUGUGGCAGUGAAUAUCUUGUCAAGAGAUAAAAGGGAGUAAAAGGAAACCGAACUUCCAUGUAAGGUUAUUUUGGUUUGUUUUAAGUGGGUUGAGUUGGCCAAGGGAGAAUGACAUGGAAACAUUUCAUAUCAUGCAUUUCAGCACUACACGCAGCUAAGUGGGCGCCGUCAAAGAUACAAAGCAUUUUGGAGAUAUAAAAGGAGCAACUUCUAUUAUAGAAAUCUGUUUACAAUUUAAAAAUCACAGGCCAAGUUGGUUGUUGCCUUUAAAAUGGCCUUGGAAUUCUUUUUGUUCUUUUUACCUUGACAAAUUUAAAACACCAUGACCAGUUGUCAGAAUAGGUGAAUUUGGAGUUAUUUCGGAAUGAAAAGUUUUCACAGAAAUCAAAAUGUUAUUUUUGUACAAUAUCACUUAGACUACUGUAUAAAUGCCAUUUGCUUGUACUCAGUUUUUAAGUCGGAAGGAAAGUGCAACUGAAGUCCUAGAAAAUAGAAAUGUAAUUUUAAACUAUCAAUAAAGCUGGAGGAGCACGGA